UCUGUAUCGUUGCAGUCUUAUGUCAAUCUAGCAUCAGCCUACGAAUCAUCCUCCCCAAUUCCUAACCUUCAAGCUCGCCGAGUUAAUUUCUGAGCAACGCCCAUCCCGAGCAUCCACCUGGGCACACAAUUCUCUCUCCAACCUAGCCCUCCAAAGCCAAAGCCAAAUCCAAAGCCAAAAUGUCAUCUCCUUCAAGCUCCUCACAUGCCGGCAAGCGUAAACGUCCAGCAACCUCGAGCUCUGCUAAGAUGGAUGAAAAUCCUCUCUUGCAGCCCUCCUCGAGGGACGCAUCUGGCGAAGAGGGAGAUACCACAGCGCCCGAGUCUGGAAAGUUAUUACACCGCAAGUCGGAAUCUGCUUCCAACUCGAACCCCGCGAAACGACAACGUGCUAAUUCCGAUCGUACCUCCGCCCUCGAGACGGCUGGCCAUGCCGUAGACCCCGGUGAGCCGAGCGACACCACCGAAGCGAGCAUUGAUAUUGCCGAUCGAGUUACUAGGAAGAGUAGGAAGCCUACUACCCUUAGGGAUACCAUGACACAAGAUGACGAGGAGACGAAGAAGCAAGCUGCUAUGCUACCGCCUCCAACCGGGCGUCUUGUACACCCUGUUGGAUACAAAACGAAUCCCCCGCCCGUUGGACGCACUAUCAGGGUUUAUGCUGAUGGUGUCUUUGAUUUAUUUCAUCUCGGUCACAUGCGCCAGCUUGAACAGGCGAAGAAGGCAUUCGACGACGUCUACUUGAUAGUUGGUGUUACAGGCGACGAAGAGACGCACAAGCGUAAGGGCCUAACGGUUCUUUCUGGCAAAGAGCGUGCCGAAACACUCAGGCACUGCAAGUGGGUUGACGAAGUUGUUGAGAAUUGCCCCUGGAUUGUAACGCCGGAAUUCCUAGAGAAGCACCGGAUUGAUUACGUUGCUCACGAUGAUAUUCCAUACGGCGCCGCCGAGGGCGACGAUAUUUAUGCUCCUAUUAAGAAAGCUGGAAAAUUCUUGGUAACACAGCGAACCGAGGGUGUGAGCACAACGGGCAUCAUUACAAAGAUUGUCCGCGACUACGAAAAGUAUAUUGCUCGCCAGUUGAAGCGAGGGACAUCACGCCAAGAGCUUAACGUGAGCUGGCUCAAGAAGAACGAGCUUGAUCUCAAACGUCAUGUCCAGGAUUUGCGUGAUAAUAUCAGAGCAAACUGGACUACGACAGGUCAGGAACUUAGUCGUGAGCUCCGUCAGUACUGGCCCGCAAGUCGACCUCAAAGUCCUGCCCCAGGUGGCCGCUUUAAUUUUCCUACCACACCAGGCCCUUCAAGUUCGAAUGGUGAUGGUAAUUUACGAGAGGCUGCCGCCCUGGCCGCUGCUGCUAAAUCACCCACUACGCCAGGCCCGUCAGGCGAGAGGACACCAGCUCCUAAUGAUUUUAUGACCGGUUAUACACUUGGUCUAAUUGGUGGCGUGAGGUCUUGGAUGACCAAGAAUCGUCGUAACCUCCGCGAUAGUCGACCACCAAGCGAUGACGAUUCAGAGAGCGAAGAUAAGAACAUUGGCAACGGCCACGGGCGGGUAGUCGCGUCCACCAGUUAGUUACUUCGACCGUUGGCCCGCCUUAGCGUCAGUACGAGGCCGUAUGACGGGGAUAGCCAGUUUGGCUCCGAAGACGAAGGGGACGAUGACGAAAGCAACUAGAUAUAUAUAUAAAUUUUUUUUUGACGAUCGGGUGAUCGGGGAAUACAAAAGGUGCAAUAAUUACGAACGCGACGGCGUUUUACGGGUUUUUUGUAUGCAUUUCUGACACCGUAAAUAAGAUUGAGGUCGAGGAGUCGAAGGGUAGUGGGAGAGUAGAUAAACGACUUCGCUGCUUUAGGUACGUAUGUCAACCGCACUUGAUAGAGAUAAUUCCCAGCAUGAAUGUUCAUGAUCAGCCUGAUUUUUGCGCGCGGAUGCUGUGA